UCCAGGGCUGCCCAGAGAACCAGGCUGGGCUGGGCUGGGAUCCCAGAAUGGAGCUGCGACCUUACCAGUGGGAGGUGAUCAAGCCCGCCCUGGAGGGCAAGAACAUCAUCAUAUGGCUGCCCACUGGCUCGGGGAAGACCCGGGCAGCUGCUUAUGUGGCCAAGAGGCAUCUAGAGACUGUGGAUGGAGCCAAGGUUGUGGUGCUAGUCAACAGGGUGCAUCUGGUAACCCAGCAUGCUGAGGAGUUCAGUCGCAUGCUAGAUGGACGCUGGACCAUGACAACCCUGAGUGGGGACAUGGGGCCACGAGCUGGCUUUGGCCACAUGGCCCGAAGCCAUGACCUGGUCAUCUGUACAGCUGAGCUGCUACAGAUUGCACUGACCAGCCCUGAGGAGGAGGAGCACGUGGAACUCACAGCCUUCUCCUUGAUUGUGGUGGAUGAGUGUCACCACACACGCAAGGAUACCAUCUACAACAUCAUCCUCAGCCGGUACCUACAGCAUAAGCUGCAGAGGGCGCGGCCCCUACCCCAGGUGCUGGGUCUCACAGCCUCCCCAGGCACUGGUGGGGCCUCCAAGCUCAGCGGGGCCAUUGACCACAUCCUACAGCUCUGUGCUAACUUGGAUACAUGGCGCAUCAUGUCACCUGAGAAAUACCGCUCCCAGCUGCAAGAGCACAGUCCAAAGACAUGCAAGCAGUACGACCUCUGCCACAGGCGCAGGCAGGACCCAUUUGGGGAUUUGCUAAAGAAACUCAUGGAUCAAAUCCACGACCACCUGGAGAUGCCAGAGUUGAGCCGGGACUUUGGAACGCAGAUGUACGAGCAGCAGGUGGUGGAGCUGAGCAAGUCUGCUGCCGAGGCCGGGCUCCAGCAGCGACGGGUGUAUGCCCUUCACCUGCGGCGCUACAACGACGCACUGCUCAUCCAUGACACUGUCCGCGCAGUGGACGCUCUGACCUCUCUGCAGGAUUUCUACCACAGGGAACGUGCCACCAAAAMCCAGAUCCUKCGCGCUGAGCGCUGGCUGCUGGCACUGUUCGAUGGUCACAAGGAUAUGCUGACCCGAUUGGCUACUCACGGCCCUAAGAACCCAAAACUAGAGAUGCUCGAACAGAUUCUGCUGAAGCAGUUCGGGAGUGCUGACAACCCCCGUGGCAUCAUCUUUACCCGAACCCGCCAGAGUGCGCACUCCCUCCUGCUCUGGCUCCAGCAGCAGCCGGGCCUGCARUCAGUGGACAUCAGGGCUCAGAUGCUGAUUGGAGCUGGGAACAGCAGCCAGACCACCCACAUGACCCAGAGGGACCAGCAAGAAGUGAUCCGGAAGUUCCGACUUGGCUCUCUGAACCUUAUGGUAGCCACAAGCGUGGCUGAGGAGGGAUUGGACAUAGCCCAGUGCAAUGUGGUUGUGCGUUAUGGGCUCCUCACCAAUGAAAUCUCCAUGGUCCAGGCAAGGGGCCGAGCCCGGGCUGGUCAGAGCUUGUACUCAUUUGUGGCGACCGAGGGCAGUCGGGAACUGCGGAGGGAGCUGACCAAUGAGGCGCUGGAGGCUCUGAUGGAGCAGGCAGUGGCAGCUGUGCAGAGGAUGGACCAGGCCGAGUACCAGGCCAAGAUCCGGGAUCUGCAGCAGGCAGCCCUGAUCAAGCGAGCAGCCCGGGCCGCCCAACAGGAAAGUCAGAGGCAGCAGUUUUCAGCGGAGCAUGUGCAACUACUCUGCAUCAACUGUAUGGCGGCAGUGGGCCAUGGGAGUGACYUGCGGAAAGUAGAGGGCACCCACCACGUCAAUGUGAACCCCAACUUCUCGAUCUACUAUAAUGUCUCCCGGGAGCCCGUGGUCAUUGACAGAGUCUUUAAGGACUGGAGACCAGGGGGUACCAUUAGCUGCAGGAACUGUGGUGAGGUUUGGGGUCUGCAGAUGAUCUACAAGUCCGUGAAUCUACCAGCACUCAGAAUCCGCAGCAUGCUGCUGGAGACCCCCCGAGGGCGGAUCCAGGCCAAAAAAUGGUCCCGAGUGCCCUUCCCAGUGGCUGACUUCAACAUCCUGCAAGACUGUGCCCCGGGCCUGUCUGAUCUUUCCCUGGAAUGACUACCUCAUCCUGCAAUGUCUGACUUAAACUGCAGGGGGMAGUAGAGUCCACAACAGCCAUUAUCUUUCUCUGGGAAAAGCCUUGGUCCAAGCCUCUCCUUCCUGAAUCACCAGCCCUGGGCACUGUGCUGACCAGCUACAAAAGAACCCUUGGGCACCCUGGUUGUCUUCAAAUCCAAUAAGGAAGCAACUAGAAGGCCACAGCUCAGCCCCAGGCCCAUGGACCCACAUAUACUCGCCCUUUCUGUGUCUGUCUCUGUUGUGUUGGUGUGUCUGUCUGUCUGUCUCUCUCUCUCUGUCUCUCUCUCUGUCUCUCUCUGUCUCUCUCUCUCUCUCUCUCUCUCCUCUCACUCUCUCACACAUUUGCACUGGAUGGAGUUGGGGAAAUUGAGGCAGGAGAAUUGCCAUACUGUACUAGGAAUAACGUUUCUUUCCUGCCAAAGCCAUUUGUUUUCUUGGG